AUGGAUGAUGUAGAAAGAAAAAUAGUUUUCGAUACAUUCUACUUGGAAAGUUGUCUUGUGCAAAAUUAUACUGGCAAAUCAUCGAAAGUUGAUCGGCUCUUUGUUGUCUUCUUGCUAGGUUACUGUAUGUCAUUUGUAACUUUUCCACUUGUCUAUUCAAUAUCAACAACACUUAUGGCAUCACAAAAAGGAGAACCUGAAGGUGACCGUGUAUCAACCAUACUACCCAAUGUUCUCUCAUCAUCGAAUAUGUCAAUCAGUAAUAGCGAAUCGAAUGAGAUACCCUGCGAGGUGGCAGAAUCUAUUUGUAAUAUUUUGGAACUAGAAUGCACCGAUCAAAGAGAUCAAGUAAUAUCUGAUAUUUUAAAGAAAGGUCGUCGAAUUUUAAGGCAAUAUCAACGUGAACUGGCUCCAGACACUUAUUCAAGAGAAAUAAACUCAGAGACAACAAACGCUGGUAUAAUUCAAGAAACAGAUUUAUUGAAAUUAAUAAAAGAAUAUAUUUAUAAGCGAUGGGAAACAGCAUGCGAAAAACAACCGAAAAUCUGGGAAUUUAUUCAGAAGGUUAAAAGUGACAAUGUGGAACAUUUUGAAAUGAUACUCACACGUGCAGCUGAGUAUGGUAGUGAAUAUACAGUAUCUUCUUCCAUGCUGUCCAUUGUAUUACAACUGCUAUUUACAGAAAUCGACGACAGUUGUUUAAUAAAUGAACCAAAAGUUUUUGUGGAUUUAUGGAAUUCAGUAACAAGUGGAGGCAUAUCCACUUGUAAUCAUUUUAAUGAAUAUAUUGCUGAAGAUGAUCUGAAAGAACAAAUGGACGAUACAAGCUCAGUCUUGCAUUUAACGUUAGGUCUUUAUUAUCGAGAAGAAGUUCCAGACCUAUUAAAACAAUGUAAAAUUCCUGAUUCAAAGAACACUCUGUACAACAUGGCAAUUGAAAGUAUCACACAAUAUGGAUGGAUAUCAGGAAUUAAAGCAAUUGAAAGAAAAAUAGCUCCAGUUAAAUAUGAACCAUUGGUUAAAAGAGUUGAGGAAAUGGUGACUUCAAGAUUAAUCGAUUACGUGCCAUCUCCAACAUUAACGCUACACCCGAUUCAGUCAAUACUAAGCUGCCCUAACAUUACAAAACCACGUAAGUUUCUCAUUUAUAAAAAAUAG